GACAUUUUUAACUUUCCAACCAGUCCAACAUGGCUGAAAAGAUGAAUAUUUUGUCAACAUAAUAUGAUUUCUUGCUUCAAAAUGGGCAACAAUCAAACGCAGUUGGAGAAGGAGAUCGGCUUAGUGCAGUUGCCUGCCAAUGAACACUACUUUGGACUUGUUAAUUUUGGGAACACCUGCUAUUGCAACUCGGUGUUGCAGGCUUUGUACUUCUGUCGACCCUUCAGAGAGAAAGUGCUGCAGUAUAAACACCAGCAGAAAAAUCAAAAGAAAGAGACUUUGCUAAUGUGUUUGGCAGAUCUGUUUUAUAAUAUUGCAACCCAGAAGAAGAAGGUCGGAACACUUGCGCCAAAAAGGUUUAUCACACGGCUACGAAAAGAAUGCGAGCUGUUUGACAACUAUAUGCAGCAAGAUGCACAUGAAUUCCUCAACUAUUUAUUGAACAGAGUUGCUGAACUCCUGCAAGCGGAGACGCAGGGAGCCAAGGGUAAGGGUGGGGAGAACAACUCCCAGAGCAAGUCGGAGCCCACUUGGGUGGAGGAGCUCUUCCAGGGGACAUUCACUAACGAGACCAGAUGCCUUAACUGUGAAACAGUGAGCAGUAAAGAUGAGGACUUCCUGGACCUGUCCGUUGAUGUGGAGCAAAACACGUCCAUCACCCACUGCCUACGGGGCUUCAGCUGCACCGAGACGCUCUGUGCCGAGCACAAGUACUACUGCGAGGUCUGCUGUAGCAAGCAGGAGGCGCAGAAAAGGAUGAGAGUAAAGAAGCUACCUCAGAUACUGGCGCUCCAUCUGAAGAGGUUCAAGUACACGGAGCAGCUGAAGCGGUUCACCAAGUUGUCAUACAGAGUUGUCUUUCCCUUGGAACUUCGCCUUUUUAACACAUCUGAUGACGCCCACAAUCCAGACCGUAUGUACGACCUUGUGGCCGUGGUGGUCCACAUUGGCAGCAGUCUCAACCGUGGACACUACAUCAGCAUUGUGAAGAGUGACGACAUCUGGAUACUCUUUGAUGAUGAUAUCGUCGAUAAAAUUGAAGCAAGUUCCAUGGAAGAUUUCUUUGGUUUGUCUUCGGAUGUCCAGAAGAACUCAGAGACAGGGUACAUCUUGUUCUACCAGUCCAGGGAAUGAGGAGGCCUCUCAACAUUGCUUGGCCCACCUGCCCUGAACAUUCAACAUGUUCAUGACAUUUAAUAGAAUCAGGGGCCUGCCUCAUUAAUUAUCUUAUUAUAACUUACCUCCUACAAAAAUCCGAUUGGCUUAGAGCGGUCACGUGCUCAUGGUGUAUUUUCCAUACACCCCAAGUAAUUUACAUACACCCCGAGUAAUUGAGUAGUCGGUUGAGAUGUUAUCGUUUUACAGUUUGUAACUGAUGGUGUAUGGUAUAUACACCCUCGGUACUUUCAUACCAUACUCAAGCUUUGUUCUCGUAUGGUAUGACAUUUCUGAGGGUGUAUACCCCAUACACCAUCGGUUACUAACAGUGAAACUAAUAAUAUAUCUCUGACAAAUUUAUGUAACAAUACAAUUUUAGAGGAAGCAUAUUUUAUAAGUACCAACAUUUAUGAUAAGGCUUUUUGGUGUUGUCAAGUUCCAUAAUGUCUUUCACAUGACUUUUAGUUUAGAAACAUAUUAAUCAUAAAAUUGAUUAUAUGGAUGAAAAAUUUCAGUCUUUACUUUAAUUGUGUAGUCAGAUUUUCAGCUUACCUGAGCUGUGCUUAUGGUGAGCUUUUGUGAUCGCCUUUUGUCCGUCAUGCGGCGUGCGGCAUCAACAUUUGCCUUGUGAACACUCCAGAGGCCACAUUUAUUGUCCGAUCUUCAUGAAACUAGGUCGAACAUUUGUCCCAUUGAUACCUUGACUGAGUUCGAAACUGGGUCAUGCUGGGUCAAAAACUAGGUCACUAGGUCAAAAAAAGAAAAACCUUGUGGACACUGUAGAAGUCACAUUCGAUGCCCAAUCUUCAUGUAACUGUGUCAAAAUGUUUGUCGUAGUGACAUGUUGGUUGAGUUGAAAAAUGGUUCCGGUCCAUUGAAAAAUAUGGCUGCCAGAAGGCGGGGCAGUAUUCCUUAUAUGGCUAUAUAGAAACCUUGUGAACACUAGAAGUCACAAUUUUAGCCCAAUCAUCAUGAAACUUGGUCAAAACAUUGGUUUCAUUGAUAUCUCGAACGAGUUUGAAAAUGGUCCAGAUUGGUGAAAAAACAUAGCCGCCAGGGGGCGGGGCAGUUUUCCUUAUAUGGCAAUAGUAAAACCUUGUUAACACUCUAGAGGCCACAUUUAUUGUCCAAUCUUCAUGAAAUUUGGUCAGAAGAUUGGUCUGUAUGAUAUCUUGGAUGAGUUCGAAAAUGGUUACGAUUGCUUGAAAAACAUGGCUGCCAAGGGGCAGGGCAUUUUUCCUUAUAUGGCUAUAUAUGGCUAUAGUAAAAUCUUGUUAACACUCUAGACGCCACACAUAUUGUCCAAUCUUCAUGAAAUUUGGUCAGAAGAUAAGUCUGUAUGAUAUCUUAGAUGAGUUCGAAAAUGGUUACUUUUGCUUGAAAAACAUGGCUGCCAAGGGCGGAGCAUUUUUCCUUAUAUGGCUAUAUAUGGCUAUAGUAAAACCUUGUGAACACUCUUGAGGCUGCAUUUAUUGUCCAAUCUUCAUGAAAUUUGGUCAGAAGAUUGGUCUCAAUGAUAUCUUGGAUGAGUUCGAAAAUGGUUACGUUUGCUUGAAAAACAUGGCUUCCAAUGGGCAGGGCAUUUUUCCAUAUAUGGCUAUAUAUCGCUAUAGUAGAAUCUUUUUAAUACUCUAGAGGCCACAUUUAUUGUCUGAUUUUUAUGAAACUUGGUCAGGAGAUUCAUCCCAAUAAUAUCUUGGACAAGUUAAAAAAUGAUGCCGGUUGGUUGAAAAACAUGGCCGCCAGGCGGGGCAUUUUUUCCUUGUAUGGCUAUAGUAAAACCUUGUUAACACUCUAGAGGCCACAUUUAUUUUCCGAUCUUCAUGAAACUUGGUCAGAAGAUUUGUCCAUAUGAUAUCUUGGAUGAGUUUGAAAAUGGUUUCGGUUGCUUAAAAAACAUGGCCACCAGGGGGCUGGGCAUUUUUCCUAAUAUGGCUAUAUAUCAUGCUUUUGUAAAACCUUGUUAACACUCUAGAGGCCACAUUUAUUGUUCGAUCAUCAUGAAACUUGGUCAGAUUUGUCCCAAUAAUAUCUUGCAUGAGUUCGAAAAUUGUUCCGGUUGGUGGAAAAACAUGGCCGCCAAGGGGUAGUGGCAUUUUUCCUUAUAUAGCUUUAGUUAAACCUUGUUAACACUCUAGAAGCUGUAUUUAAUGUAUGAUCAUCAUGAAACUUUGUCAGUAUAUUUGUUUAAACGAUAUCUUGGAUGUGUAUGAAAAUGAUUCUGGUUUGUUGAAAAACGUGGCUGCCAGGGUGUUAACUAGUCAUGAAAGUUGGUAAGAACAUUUUGUUCUAAAGACAUCUUGGGCUGCACAGAACAGGUCAGUUCCUUUUAAUCUCAGGUGAGCGACUUUGGGCCUUUGAGGCCCUCUUGUUCAUAAGAUAAAGGCCCUGAAAUAUAAUAUAAUGGGUAGAUAGGAUUCAAAAUAUGCUACUUUCUUAACAGUAAUUUUUUGAAACAUCUUGCUUAAUCAAGCAAUUUAUUAGUUCAACAGCUAAUAAAUCAGGACUGAAACAUGGCAUGUUUACUUGACAUUAAUUGUUUUUGCAAAUUGUAUAGUAUUUUUGAAGAAAUUCCACAUUUUUUUCUUGACUAUUCUAAAUGUACGAGUGUGGGUGUCAAUUAACCCAUUUAUGCCUAGCAUCUAGAAAAAAGGCCUUGGCAAACAGCGUAGACCCAGAUGAGACGCCGCAUGAUGUGGUGUCUCAUCAGGGUCUGCGCUGUUUGCUUAAAGGAAUUUCUGUAAGAAAUAUUCUAAAUAUAGAAAUAAGUAUACUAGAUAUCCCUAAUUUUGGAAAUAAAUUGAUCCAAUUUAGAAGGAUGGGAGAGUCCACUAGGCAUAAAUGGGUUAGAGGCUGGUCCAGCACCCUGCUGUUUUGCUCUAGAUCUGUCCUUGGGAUGACUACAUCUAACAUAGAGCUGGAAUCAGUGAGAACUUCUGGCAGUUGUUAAUGUGAUAUGUGAUAGUUUUGUACAGGUAACUGUAAAAAAGUAUUAGAAGUGUUAUUAAUGUAUUGAUGUGCUUUCGUUUGUUGAUGCCGUUUUUCCAUAUUGUUGUAUUUGUGUUAUUAUAUCUCACGUAUAUUAUAAUGAUAAUUACCCUUUAUUAAUUGGACUAUUAUAUUUAACAUUUAUGUAUAACAUGGUGUGUACAUUUUCAUCAGACAAACUAUAAAUAUUAUUACAAUGUAACUAACCAAGUUUGUUUGAAAAGUGUGAGUAUAACAUGGACAUGACAAACAUAAAUAAUUGUAUAAUUCCUUGUAUUUGAAUGUCAUAUACCAUACAUGAAGAGAGAGAAAAAAAGACUUAUGAGGCAAU